AUGUCUGUGGACAACAGCUUCGAUAAUUUUGAGUAGUUGAUGUUUCCUUCCUAUGAUGAUAUAGAAAACAGAGAGAAAAUAGAGGAGUAAUACAUUUUAGAUCCGAUUCCAUAAGAAUAGGAGGACAAGCCAAUUCUCUAAAAUCCAGCUAAUAAUGGGAAAACUUACUAACAAUUAUUCGAAAUAGUUUAACGAUUAAAUGACAUUAAUUGGGUGGAACCAUUAUCAAAAAUCACUCCUAUCAAGUACUUGACUCCAAUUACUUACUGGUUCAUCGUAUGUUCCCAAUACUUUCAAAACGAUGCUGAUCCUAAAAUCAUCAAGUAUACACCACUCUUUACACUUUAGAAUCAAGUAGGAAUGCCAACAAGUCCAAGAAGAAACUGCUCGUCCAUACACUUACUUUGACGAUUGGUUCAUCAUGGAGAUGAGAAACAUAGUAAACUAUAAUCUAAGAUAGAUGGUUAAAAGAAUUACCACCCAGAAAUGAUUUGGAAUUAUUGUAGACUCAACUAGAAUAACAAUUACUCGAAACUCAACUCCAAGUAAAUACUCAAAUAGAUGCAAUACAAAUAGAAAAGCCCACUUUGAAUAUCCAAAAUCCCCCAGAUUACAUCCUCAAAGAUCUUGUUGGCCUAACUGAAAUCGAGAACCAAUAUCUAACAUAUCUGGAAAGUCAACAAAAGUAUCAUAUCUUACAAUUUCUAGAUAUUACGAUGAAUAAAUUAUCAAUUAAACUAAGUCCUCCAAUUUGGCUGGAACUGCAAGAAAACUACAGAAUGUUUAUAAUAAUUGUUAGAUUUGCAAUCAAGGGGUUAGAUCUGAGGAUCCACUUACAUGUUGUCAGAAAUGUUAGAUUAUUGUUCAUUAAAAAUGUUAUGGAUUAGAGAAUGUACUAAGUAAUUGGAUUUGUGAUGUUUGCUUGAAUUUUGGCAAUAAAGGGAAGUUCUUGAAAUGUCCUCUCUGUCCAAAAUUAGGAGGAGCUAUGAGACCAACUGCUAUGGCAAUGAAAGAUUCCAUAUUUGAAUUAAUUAACCCAUCCUUUCAUACAUACGCUAUCAAUUCCAAAGUUGAUAGACAAAGUAUUAAAUAGAUCUAUUUUAGAGCCUCCUCCUGAUGGAGAAGAGAAUUAUAAUUUCAUGAUACUUUAAUAUCAACUUGAAAAUAUGACUGGCGAACCACCAAAAGCUGAAAAGAUAUGGACUCAUGUUUCUUGUUCUCUGUGGUUAGAUUUUGAUUUAGUUAAGAUUGACAAAAGAAAAUUCAAUACUUUAUGCAGUAUAUGUAAACAGAAAAAGAAUGGAGCAUGUGUAUCUUGCUCAAAAUCCAAGUGUGCCAUAUCAUUUCAUCCUGAAUGUGCCAGAAGAUCGUAAAUUUAUAUGGAAUCAGAUAACAUCUAUUGCUUUAAACAUUAACCCUUGAAAAUCAAGAGAAUAUUCGAUGAUUAACACAAGUAAUGGAAAGAGGAGAUCUAUUCUUUUUUUAAACAAUAUGAAAAAUUAGAAUAUUAAUUAGCAAAUAGACCGAAAAUAAAUGAAGUAGAAUUCUUAAAGUUUGAACUUAAAGCCUAGCAAGAAGAAAUUGAAGCUGAUAUCAAAUAAGAAAAUGAAUUAUUAUUUCAAAGAAUUGCUGAAAUUCUGGAAAAGGAUGAAAAAUUCAUAGUCACUUUCCAAUAGAACCAUGUUAUAGACAUUUAAUUGCCUUAUAAGAGACAAUCUAUCUAUGACAUUGAAGAAGGCGACAGAAUUUGGUAAUAGUUGGCUAAUGAAAAAUACUCUUCUGAAUAGGUGUAUAUCCUAUAUUAGAGAGCUAUUAGAAUGAGAAAAAAGAAGAAGUAAGGAAAUGCCAUUAUAUAAUUGCAAAUGCCCUCUAUUUAGGAAUUACCUAAUAGAAAGAGACAAUCAAUUUAUUCUAGACCUAAAUACUUCAAAUAUCACAAGAAAUAAAAAUAAAAUGGGUCAUCUAAUAAGAAGAAUAAUAGCAACAACAAUAAUAAAAAUAUUAGUAAUAAUAACAAUAAUAUUAGUAAUAAUAACAAUAAUAUUAGCAAUAAUAACAAUAAUAUUAGUAAUAAUAAUAAUAAUAAUAAUAAUAAUAAUAAUAAUAAUAAUAAUAAUAAUAAUAAUAAUAAUAAUAAUAAUAAUAAUAAUAAUAGUAUUAACAAUAUUAACAAUAAUAGUAUUAACAAUAUUAACAAUAAUAUAUCUCUAAAAAUCAAAAUACCAAAAGAGGCUAUCAAUAUACAACAAUAGUAUUGUAUUUGCAAAUAAUAAAAUGAUGAGGAGAUGAUGUGUAUUAUUAUUUUUUAUACGUUUAGAGUGUGAAAUUUGCUCAGAAUGGUAUCAUCUCAAAUGUUUAGGAUUCUUGAGCACUGUUGAAGAUGCGCAGAAUCUGUAUUUCUAUUGUUUUAGAUGCGAAUAAAAAUUAAAUCGAGAAUAAACCAAAUACAUCAAGAGAUAUAAAUAAUAUUUUGCAGAUGCUACAUUUCGAGAUUUAAAAUUGAAGAUAGGAAUGUCCCCCCAUGAGUUAAGAGCUCAUGAAAAAAAGAACUAUAAAUAGUUGUCUAAAUGAUC